AUGAAGGAUCCUUCUACUCGAGGUAUGGAACUUGUACAAGUGAUAAUGUCUGACAAUGAGAAAUGUCUAAACAUGAUUAGAAUGGAGACUCAUUGUCUUAGACUACUUAUAGAACAACUUGUACAAGUGUAUGGGUUGCAUAUCUUACGAUCUUCAAUUCGAGUUGAGGAACAAGUGGUGAUGACCUUACAAUAUUUAGCACAUGGUCAUAAUAUGUCUUGUGUGGGAAUAACAUUUGGUCACUCUAAACAAACAGUAUCUCGAUACGUUUCAAUGAAUUGCAUUGGUGCUAUAGAUGGUACUCACGUGGAAGUGUAUCCUAAAGUAGAAAAUUCGUAUUGUUGGCGUGGACGAUCGGGGCACACAACCACUAACGUAAUAACAAUAUGUAACCAUGAUCUCAUGUUCACUUAUUUUGUGUCUGGUGCAGAAGGAUCAAUGCACGACUCAACGGUGCUUGAUAUAGCACGACAUACUCCUCAAUAUCUUUUUCCACAUCCACUCCCGGGAAAAUAUUAUCUAGUUGAUUUUGGAUAUUCAAAUCAAAUAGGGUAUUUAGCCCCAUAUCCUCGAACAAAUUACCAUCCUCAUCAUUUCGGAGGAGUACUUCCUUCUACGAGAAAAGAGAUGUUCAAUAUGCAACACUCUUCGCUAAGAUCAACCAUAGAGAGGACAUUCGGAAUUUGGAAAAAUAAGUGGCGAAUUAUCUCAAACGGAAAAUCAUUACGUGAAUUUAAUCUUAAGAAACAACUUCAAAUAAUUCAAGCAACUGCAGGUUUACAUAAUUUUGUUCGGAAGAAUAAUAUAGAAGUCAUAGUGGAUGAUAACCCCAACGAUGACACUGAAGUACUAGUAGACGAUGAUAUUUUAUUGUCGCCUAAUGUUUUAUCUCGUAAUGAAAUGGAUCAAUUUCGAGAUAAGCUUUCUAAAAAAGUGUAUGAUUGUAUUAGACAUGAAUAA